UGUACAUCUCCUAUUCUAUAAAAUCACCCAUUCCCCACAAACUUCCAAACCAAUAAAAACACCCAAAUAUUUACUGAAAAUUAAAAACACCCAAAUAUUCAGUGAAAAUGGAGGCGGAAACUCAAGAAAAGGCAUCCGUGAUGCAGAGAGUGAAGGGGUGGUUGGACAAGAUCGGCAACACAAUCAGCAGCGUCGGAAAAGAAGCCAAGAGAUUAGCCAAAGAAGAUCCCAGAAGAGUCGUCCACGCCUUCAAAGUCGGGUUAGCGAUAUCUGCGACUUCUCUCCUCUACUACUUCGACUUCUUCUUCGCUGGAUUCGGCGUUAACGCAAUGUGGGCCGUCAUGACCGUCGUCGUCGUCUUCGAAUUCUCCGUCGGAGCGACGCUAGGAAAAGGAGUGAACAGAGCAAUUGCGACCUUGCUAGGUGGAGCUCUAGGUAUGGCGGCGCACGAUUUGGCCGAUUUGACGCCGGAGAAAGUGGAGGUCGUUUUGAUCGGCCUGUCUAUUUGCGUAAUAGCUGGUGUGGCGACUUUUUGCCGAUUUUUCCCCAAAAUUAGGGCGAGGUACGAUUAUGGGUUUCUGGUGUUCAUCCUGACGUUCUCUCUGAUAUCGGUGUCGGGCUACCGCGCCGAUGUCGUCUUCGACAUGGCGCACAGGAGGCUGACGACCAUCUUGAUCGGCGGCUGCGUCGCCGUUUUGAUCUGCAUAUUCGUGCGCCCCGUUUGGGCGGGCAAGGAUCUUCACAGAUACACCGCUGCCAACAUCGAGAAGCUUGGGUGUUACUUGGAAUCUUUUGGGAGUGCAUACUUCAAAGAAUCGCACGACAAAAACCUAGCACCACUCAGAGAUUUCAAAACAGUGCUCAUCUCCAAAGGCACGGAAGACUCAUUGGUCAAUUUUGCACGGUGGGAGCCGAGGCACGGCAAGUUCCGGUACCGGCACCCGUGGGACCAGUACCUCAAGAUUGGGUCUGCAACCCGUGAAUGUGCAUACAAGAUUGACGCACUCAAUUGUUACCUCAACUCAGAUGCGCAGACGCCAUUAGAGCUUCGUACAAAGAUCCAAGCCUUUUGCACCACGAUUAGCUCUAAAUGCAGUUUAGCCCUCAUAGAUGUCGCAAUCGGGCUUCGGACAAUGACUUGCCCUUUGUCUAGCGAGAAACACAUUAUGGACGCCAAAGCUGCGGCCAAGACACUCAAGGCCCUACUCAAAACUGAGCUUUGGCACGACACUGAAUUCCUCGACAUUAUCCCAGUGGUGACAGUGGCCUCGCUGCUGAUUGAGAUUGUCACUUGCACGGUAAAGAUAGCUGACUCCGUUGAGGUGCUAGCAACGAAGGUGAAGUUCAAGAAGCCCAAGCCAGAGAUGAACAGGCAGGCCAGCCGGGAAAAGGUGAAGAGGAUCCCAAGUAUUGAAGCAUCACAUAGUGUCAACAUUGUGUUUGAGUGAUUAAUUACUACUCCUACUUACUAUUAGCUAUGUGAUGGAAAAUAUAAACAUGAAUCAUAGUUCACUAUGCAAGUACGUCAUAGCAAAAAUGUAUGUGAGGAGGAGAUUGCUGUCACUUGAGUGCAACAAUCUUUGUUGUGAUGGAAUUAUGCAUUAAUUAGCGGUGAAGUACACGUAGAAAUUUGAACA